AUGUUGCCUUUUUCUCCCUAUACCCCCAGCUUUCUGACCCUGCUGUUCCCGGCCGCAGCGAAAGCAGCUGCCGAUGUGGUUGACCUUGGAUGGCAUGCUCCGGCUCAGACUGACAUCAACAACCUGACCACGGCACUGAGCAGCGAAGGCAUAUAUGGCUUCAUCUUCAAUUCAUCGGAGACGCCAGAGGGUCAAUAUGGCACGUACAAUUGGUGCAAUAUGCCCCAUGUGCGGACAAGAGAAUACGUGAAGCCCAGCGAUGAGUUCGAGCUGAGAUACGUUGAGGUGAUUCAAAGGCACCACAAGAGGACGCCGUACGCCAGCAAUGCUUUCCCAGUUGAACCGUAUCACUGGGACUGCGAUGACCAAGGGCUCUUCUUCUUUGGUCAACGUUUGCUCCCAGGAAGCGCCUGGGGAGCCUCUGCUCGGACAUUCUGGGAUGGCUACACAUCAGACAUCAACCCUUUCGUGCAAUCCGGUUGGAUUGGGUCAUGUCAAUUUCCCCAGAUCACAUCGACUGGGCUCGAUGACUCCUGGACUCAUGGCGCCGACUUGUACGGCGUCUAUCACGACCUUCUUAAAUUUUUACCAGGCAAGGACUCGGACUGGCAAAGCAAAGUACGGUACCGCGUCACAACGAAUCAGAUCACGUCUCAAGUAGCUGGUAUGCUCAUUGCCGGGACGUGGGGGACCUCAUCCUCGAUCCCGCUCCUCGUUCAAGCGAGCGCCGUCGACUCCCUAGAACCUGCCUACGCUUGCACAGUGGGUAGCACUCUGUUCUCCGACAUCAAGUCGUCCGCCAACGCAGCAUGGGCUGAGCACCUCACCGCUGCGGCAGGCCUGUACGCUGCGUUGGAUGCCAUUUCUGGGGUCCCAGCCUCGGACUCCGGCUUCCAUGCCAGCUUUGACCAUUACUACGAUAACCUGUCGGCUCGGCAGUGCCAUGCCAAGGCUCUUCCAUGCAACGUGACCUCUGGAUCCUGCGUCACCCAGGAGCAGGCCCACGAGGUCUACCGGCUUGGUCAGUGGGAGUAUAGCCAGAUCUACCGCGACGCACCCGUCUCGCUGGCUGCCAGUGUCAGCUCCUACGGCGUCUGGAUCGCGGAGCUCGCCGCACAUAUGAGAAGUGUCAUUUCAGGGACGAACGAUAUUCUCUACUUCCACAAUGUGGCCCAUGACGGCAGCAUCAGCCGUCUUCUAAGUGUGCUGCAGAUUGAGGAGAUGGUAUGGCCCGGUAUGGGCAGUGAGAUCAUCUUUGAGUUGUACAAAAGGACGGACAGGAGCAGUGAUUCACGUGUUCCACCAACGAGCCGACAAUUGCGCUGGGCCGAGGGUCAAGGUGGCUUCUACGUCCGAGUUCUCUUUGGCGGCAAGACACUCAAGUCAAGUAACCCAAGCCUCGGGCUGAUCAGCAUGCUACCCGUAGAGACUUUGUUGGCCUACUUUGACGGCUUGGUUGGCGAGAAUGCUAGCCUAGUCAAGGGGAAAUGCAACGGAAGUAUCAGUUUAUAA